CAAAAAUCAAGCUUUUGAGACAUCCGGGGUCCCUACCCCGUUUUCCCUGUUGCAGGCUCCCGGAUGGUGAUCGUUCAAACCCUUUUGUUCACUUUCUCCCCUCGCCAAAAACCAAAAUGCACCCCCUUCCUCCGGCAAAAUCAAAGUCAUCGAGUCCCCUGGUUUUCGCCAUCCACUAACCGAAGUAGCCACCACUUCCGACUUUCCUGUUGCCGCGCCAUUAGCCACAGCAAUCAAGACGCUUUGGCCCCCUCAUCUCCCUCAUUCCACACCGUCUCUUCUACCAUCCGCUUCGUCUUCACAGGCGGGGGCUCUGGAGGUCACAUCUACCCUGCGAUUGCCAUUGCCGACGAGCUCCGGUCCCUCUGCCCUGACGCCAAAUUCCUUUUCUUCGGAACCUCUGCAGGUUUAGAGAGCAACAUUGUCCCUUCCGCCGGCUUUGAUUUCGUCGACAUCCCAGCCUCCCGCCUCACUCGGCCCAUCCUCUCCCCUCAUAAUCUUCUCUUCCCUUUCCACCUGAUUCACGCCAUCGCCGCCUCCUGGAUAUUUCUUCGCCGCUUCCGCCCUGAUGUUGUAAUCGGUACAGGCGGAUAUGUCGCAGCACCAGUCUACCUCGCCGCUGUGCUCUCCGGAACAAAGAUCGCGGUUCAGGAGCAGAACGCCUUUCCGGGGAUCGCCAAUAAAAUCGCUUCUCCGUUCGCCUCAAAGAUCUUUCUUGCUUUCAAUGAGUGCUUGAAGCAUUUCCCCAAUAAGAAAUGCUCGGUUUUUGGGAACCCUGUGAGGCUUUCGUUACGGAAAUACGUGUCCAAAGCAGCGGCGACGACGCAUUUCUUCCCUGAUUUGGAGAAGCUUGGGGAGGAGAAGGUUCAAGUGUUACUCGUGCUUGGGGGAUCACAGGGAGCGACUCCCAUCAAUGUGGCUGUCCUUAAUAUGUAUUAUGACAUGCUUUGGAGGCAUAAAAACAGAUACAUAAUAUGGCAAACCGGGAAGGAUGGAUUUAAAAAGAUGGAGAGCUUGGUCAAGAAUCACCGCCGGUUGCUUCUGACCCCGUUUCUGCAGGCUAUGGAUCUAGCUUAUGCAGCAGCUGAUCUUGUUGUCUCCCGUGCUGGAGCAAUGACUUGCACAGAGAUCUUGACUACUGGGAAGCCGUCUAUACUGAUACCUUCACCAUAUGUUGCAGAAGAUCACCAAACUAGGAAUGCAUACAUAAUGUCAGAUGUAGCUGGUUCAAAAAUUUUAAUUGAAGAUGAACUUGAUUCUAGCAGCCUUGCGACUACAAUUGAUGCGGUUUUAG